AUGACCGAGUCCACACCGCGCAAGCGCUCCCGCGCGGCCUGUCUAUCAUGCCAAUCGCGCAAACGCAAAUGCUCGGGCGAACAGCCCUGCAGCACCUGCGCCCAGGCCGGUAUCGCCUGCGUGUUCAGCGACUUGCCGCGCAAGAAGCGCGCCCGAUCCGGUAGUAUGUACCGGGCAUCUUUGUCAGGAUUGGACGAGCGACAGCGUCUUCCUCCUCCUUCAGAUGGACGGACUCAUCCAGUCCCUGCAGCUAAGCCGGCUAGUAGCGCUGCGGGCAGUGCUGCUUCGCCGGGGUCGUAUACUCGUGUCAAUGAUUCUGCGCGUCCCAUGAGCCAUUCGCUCGAGGCAAAUUCGGGCGCGGCUUUUGUGCGUAAGCUUGGCCUUAGGAUCGAUCCUGCGCGUGCGCCACGAUUGCAUCUUUUUGCUUGGAAUGUUGGCGAAAGACGUGUCGCGACGGAGGUCUCGGUGUAUCCCGCCGUGUCGGGAGCUGGCCCAAUCUCUACAAUGAUAUCGGAGGAUGAGAUGCGCCGACUCGCGGGGAUUUACUUCGAAAAGGUCCAUCCAUGCUAUGCUUUCUUAGAUCGACAGACGGUACUUGCACAUAUAGCUCAACGCUGGUCAGCGACAUCUAUAUCUGCCGAAACAGCAGAGCAACCAUACGACGUCGUACUUCUCGGCAUUGCAGCUUUCGGACAUCUAUUCUCGCGGCGGGAGAUGUUGCCAGUAGAAAUCCGCAUUGUCGAUGCAGCGCGAAUACUUCUAGAAAAGAGCGUCCUCGGCGCAGAUACGCCGACGAUCGACACGGUGACCGGCUGGGUCCUCCGCGCAGCCUACCUACGCAUGACAGCAUCGCCACACGCCGCAUGGAUGGCUAGCUGUACACUGAUGCACCUCGUGGAGGCUGCCGGCCUGCACCUAGAGAUUGAAGACCCUGAAGCCACCGGUCUCAUCCAAGCGGCCACAUCAGAACCCCAAGUCCCCAACGGAACGAACACCAUCACACAACCAUCCAACGACACAAAUUUGCGCCGACGCCUUUUCGGCAUGGCCCGACACCUCAACACCUGGAUCUCCUUUGACCUCGGUCGAUCACGCGUCGUCCUCCACUGCACAUCAUCCCACUCCCCAUCAACGCCCGCCACAAACGCAGAUCUAUAUCACCUCCUCCCUCUCUCCGAAAGCCUCGACCCAACAGGCCCAACGCCCCAGGACCUCCCAGACCUCGAAACGGCACUCACAGCCGUCCUAGACCUGGUAUACACCGAACCCUCCCUAAUCCUCGUCCAAUGCAACCUCAUGCUCUGCAUCUACCGCCGCGUCCGCGCGAUAAACCCCCACGCCCCCCUCCCCGGGCGCGCGCUAGAUCGCGUCCUCGCACUAGCGGGUCGAGGUCUUCGUGCAGCCCGUGCUAUGGUAGCCGCGACCUGUCCGUGGCAUCAGGUUGCAAACGUGCCGUUUCAAGUUGUUUGUACGCUGUUGGCGAUUGAUAAUCGUGCGGCGUUGGCGUUGUUGCCAGAUGCCAUGACUACGUUGAGGGAGGUGUUGGCUGCGUAUGACACCGGGGUUAUGCGGGAGGCCUAUUCAACGGCUUAUUUGCUUAUUGCUUUGCAUCAGAGGCGGAAGGAGGAUGAUACGAGAGCGUUGGGUGACGUGUUGAGGGCUAAUGCGGCUGCUGCGGUGCCGCCGGUUUCUGUACCGGCGCCGCAAGUGCACCAGUCUAAAGAGGAUGCGCGUGGGUUAGGGAAUGGAGGGGAAGUGCUAGCUACCGCCCAAAUGCCCAUGCAGACGCAGGCUCGGGUGCACGAUGUGUUGGGUCCCGUGUCUGAUGCGGAGCUGUCCUGGUUGGGCGAUUUGAUGAUUGAUAUGCCCAGCUUGCAGAACUUUGAUCUUGAUCAGUUUCUCAUGACGGACGUGCCGUGGCCGCUGCCGGAGAUGGGGAUUUGA